CUUCGACGCGCCUGUCAGCGGCAGUCGCGCCCUUACAUCUCCCCUUGACGGGCCCUUCUUCGCAGGCGACUAGGAAAGGUGAGUCGCUCUGUGCUAGUGCUUCUUGUAAAAUAGUCCAGUUGCGGCCUGCGCAGGCCUAGCAAGAAGUCUGGUGUGGCCAGCGCGAGCGCUCGGGUCAAUCCACGACGGAGCGCACGGCGUUGCGAUUUCAGCGCGCAUCCUCGCGCGCUGUCCUCUUGGCUGGUCGCUCUGCAUAGUGAGCGUGUCUUGCACCCCACUUGCACCCUCAACUCCCUACGCAGAUGCCUCCGGAGUAUUGGACGGAUUACAUGUGGCUGGUGAUUUGCGGCGCCCUCGCCUCAUUCGCCAUGGCCUGGGGUAUCGGCGCUAAUGAUGUUGCCAACUCCUUCGCCACCUCCGUCGGCGCCAAGACCAUCACCCUUCGCCAGGCCUGCGUUAUCGCCGGUAUCUUUGAGUUCGCUGGUGCCCUGGGCCUGGGCGGCGAGGUGGCACGCACCAUCGCCGGCUCCAUCGCCCGCCCCGCCGCGUUCCAGGACAUGCCCGAGAUGUUUGCGUACGGCAUGCUGUGCGCCCUGAUCUCCGCCUCUACCUGGCUUUACAUUGCCACGUACCUGUCCCUGGCCGUGUCCACCACCCACUCCAUCAUCGGCGCCGUGCUGGGCUUUGCUCUGGUGUGGGGCGGUUCCGGCGCCGUGGUGUGGAACGACCGCAAGAAGGAGUUCCCCUACUCUACCGGUCUGGUGCCUGUGGUGUGCUCCUGGUUCGUGUCGCCCAUCACUGCUGGCAUUGCUGCCGGCAUCCUCUACUUCUUCAACCGCCUCAUCGUGCUGCGCCGCCAGAACUCCACCACCCUGGCCAUCUGGGUGUUCCCGUUGCUGGUGUUCCUGACUGUGUUCAUCAACCUCUUCUUCGUUAUCUACAAGGGCGCCAGCAAGGUUGCGGGCUGGACCAGCCACAAGGCCGCCUGGGUGUCGGCCGUGGUGGCUGCUGGCCUGUUCGUGCUGGCUUGCUUCCCCGGCACCUGGAUUCUGCGCCGCCAGGUCACCAAGGACAUGGACGAGGCUGCCCAGAAGGCCGCUGACGCCGAGGCCAACGCUGGCAAGGAGAAGGAGGGCGUGGAGGAGGCUGAGCCCACCUCCAAGGCCAUGAAGAUCUUCAACUCGAUCAAGAAGGCCGCCACCCGUGGCCUGGACGUGGACAUCCAUGCGAACGUCGAGACCGACCGUGCCGUCCACGACCUGCACGCCGCCGCCGAGGUGUUCUCCCCCGAGACCGAGCAGGUGUACAAGUACCUGCAGGUCUUCUCCGCCUGCGCCGUGGCGUUCGCGCACGGAGCCAACGAUGUCGCCAACGCUGUGGGCCCCUUCGCCGGUAUCUACCACGUGUACCGCUUCUGGAACGUCGCCUCCAACGGCGAGACCCCCAUCUGGGUGCUGGCUAUGGGCGGCGCCGGCAUUGUGGUGGGCCUGGCUACCUACGGCUACAACAUCAUUGUGACCCUGGGCGUGGGCCUGGCAAAGAUGACUCCCGCCCGUGGCUACUGCGCUGAGCUGGCCGCCGGCAUCACCAUCUCCGUCGCCUCCGUGUACGGCCUGCCUGUGUCCACCACUCAGAUUAUCACCGGUGCCGAAAUGGGUGUGGGCCUGGUCGAGAGCGUCCGCACCGGCGUGAACUACAAGCUGCUGGCCAAGCAAUUCGCCGCCUGGGUGUUCACCCUGAUCAUUGCCGGCUUCCUGUCUGCCGCCAUCUUCGCUUUCGGCGCCUACGCUCCGUCGCUGACCAUGGGCAAGGACAUCUUGAAGUAUGAGACGUCCAUCCGCAACCUGACCACCGUCAUCUACCGCUCGCUCAACGCCUCUAACGUGGCGGUGAACACCAGCUUCCCCGGCCAGUUCGACCCCACGCUGAACCGCACCAUCACCACCAACACGCGCACCAUCAACAACAUAUUCAACGUCAGGAGCAUUGGUUACAUCGACCCCACCCAGCUGGCGACCGAGAUGAACAACGCCUACCUUACCUACGUGAACUACUCUGUAAUCACCACCGGCUUCAACCGCUCCACCCGCGCCUACGUGCCCGCCAACCAGCCCUACGCCGCCAGCACUAUCGAGGUCAAGCCCUACGCCGUGGCCGCUCCCGCCGCGGGCGCUGCCGGCGGACGGUAAAGGACGCUGAAAUAUGUCACAGCUCCGUGGGGUGCACCCACGACUGUUUCCAUCUCGCGUUCUUGCGUUGCAUUAUGGAUUGCAGGGUUGUCCGGGUAACUUGAUUAAUUCGUCGAUGUUGGGUCGGACGGGUGCAGAUUGAUCACAGUAGGGGGCUUAUCUUAUGAUCCAAGAACCCAUCAACGUCACUAGGAUGAAUGGGAGGGUGUUGCAGGGGGCGGGAGGCACCAGGAGGUGAUGUUGCUUGUCCUGCGCAAACGCGAGCGACACACAAACUAAACUCAAUAGGAGGCACGUGCAGCGUCUGCGUCCAGGCGUCACUUUAUUAUGUAUUUGAUUGAGUCAACGCCGUGUAUAUUUGGUAGUAGUACUAGUACUGAGUUCGGUGUCUAACAACACCGUUUCUGGAUAUAUUUACCUGCCUGAAGCACGCCCUGUAGCGCCACGUUUCUGUAUGUGGUGGGGGAUACCGUACGUGCCGUCUGUACAUCGCACAGAACGCAAGACAGUUGUAAUAGCUCGUAUGA